AAAAUAAGUUGACAAAAAGAUUGAAUCCAGUAUUUGGUGAUAAUGUAGCAUAAUGAAAGAUUAAUAAGCAAUUUUUUGUAUUCUGGUCAUUUUUGACCGGGAACACCACAAGUGUUACAAUGUGGAAAAAAACCCACAAAACAUUACAAAAAGUAUCAAAACAAAAUUUGGGAAGUUGUUAGACUCUUUGUGAGUAAAGUCAGUAAAUUUUAGCCCAAUGUAAGAACAUUAACUAACAUUUUCGGGUACGGGAAAAUCCUCUCCAGGUCAAAAUGACCUGAACACAACAUGAAGGAAACAAGGGAUGCCCCACUCCUUACAAAACCCUUAACACGUAUUUUCAUGACAUUGUUAGAGUAACGCACAAGUUAUACAACAAAUGAAUCUGGAAAUAUAGACAUGAAGGAAACCAUCAAGCAAGAUGAAUCGCUUCUUAGUUGAUUGUGGACCGUUUAUAUCUUGACACUAAUCAGCAGCAGGUGACAGCAAUCUGCUCAGACAAUGGAGAAAACAAGCAAACACCAGAAUAACACUGAUCAUCUCUUCAUCACGGCUCCUGUUAGUGGGUGGAUAUAUUAGACAGCAAGUGAACAUUUUGUCCUCAAAGUUGAUGUGUUAGAAGCAGGAAAAAUGGGCAAGCGUAAGGAUUUGAGCGAGUUUGACAAGGACCAAAUUGUGAUGGCUAGACGACUGGGUCAGAACAUCUCCAAAACUGCAGCUCUUGUGGGGUGUUCCCGGUCUGCAGUGGUCAGUAUCUAUCAAAAGUGCUCCAAGGAAGGAACAGUGGUGAACCGGCGACAGGGUCAUGGGCGGCCGAGGUGGGGAGCGAAGGCUGGCCCGUGUGGUCCGAUCCAACAGACGAGCUACUGUAGCUCAAAUUGCUCAAGAAGUUAAUGCUGGUUCUGAUAGAAAGGUGUCAGAAUACACAGUGCAUCAGUUUGUUGCGUAUGGAGCUGCAUAACUGCAGACCAGUCAGGGUGUCCAUGCUGACCCCUGUCCACCGCCGAAAGAGCCAACAGUGGACACGUGAGCAUCAGAACUGGACCACGGAGCAAUGGAAGAAGGUGGCCUGGUCUGAUGAAUCACGUUUUCUUCUACAUCACGUGUGUGCGUCACUUACCUGGGGAACACACAUAUAUACAUAUAUAUUAUUUAUUUAUUACUAUUAUUCACUUCACCUGUCAGUGGUUAUAAUGCUAUGGCUGAUAUAUACAGUAGUCAACAUUUGAAGUGGAUCAAAAAAGUUCAUCAAAGUUGUCCUAAGAAGAAUGUUUUAGGGCAACUUUGAUGAAAGGUUUUGAUCCACUUUAGAUGUUGUCUACUGUAUUAUCACACAUAGGCCUAUUUACUGCUUCUUUUGACACACAAUGUAGAUCAUACAAAAAUAAAUGCCAUUUUUGUUAACAGAGACAGUUUGCAAAAAGUGCAUUUAGUUCAACAUUACGCUUCAGUUUUUGGGUAAUUUGCAUUAUUAAGAAUAAUUAUAGAAAAAAAAAAAAAAUAUAUAUAUAUAUAUAUAUAUAUAAACAAUAAUUAAAUUGUUGGAUCUUUAAAACCUCGUGUCAUUGAUGUCAUCAAAAUCCAACCAGCCGAGUAAACUCUGAUACUGUUAGUUUAUGAAUAAAAUUAUAUCCAUUUAAGGACAUCAAUGUACAAAGUCUGUUGUUUUAGGCCAGAAGUGUCUCAGUUUUGGUUCAGGGUUAGAGAGAUGCUGUAUGUUUGGUUUUAUGUCCUCACUAAUAUAGUGUUUAAACUCCAAAUGUUUGAACAUGAUUGUAGUUAUUAUCAGCUCUUCAGCUCGUGUCGUUCAGACUUCAGUACAGAUCCCAGUUUAACCUGCCGGUGUAAUUCUGAACACCUUCAUUAUUGAUCUGGUGUUUGUUUAGGGUUAGAGAUGAACUAUAUAGUCUGAGCAAAACCCCAACAUCAGUGUAAAUAUAUCAAACAUAUUCUGUAAAAAAUAUGACUGUUUUAUGAUUUAGUUUUUAAAAUAUGACACGAUUACAUUAAGUGGCCUGUGCUUUAUUAUUUACAUUUGUUCAUUUAGCAGAUGAUUUUAUCCAAAGAGACUCAUGAAGGAAUACAGUCUUAAAGAGGCAAUGACAUGAGAAAUGAUGACAAUACAAACAUUAUCCAGAAAAGUACAAGCUGGAACAAGGAGGGAAAGAAGAUAUAGAGAGAAAAAGAUGCAUUUUAAGUCAGUUGAUAUGCCUUGAUGUAAACGAGCAAUUGAUUCAGAUGAGCUUUAACACAAUCCUCAUUCUGAUGAAAACUGAGAUGAAUGACGAAUCAGGAGAAACAAAUUAUGACAAACUCACAUUUUUACAUGAUGUACACCAGCUUAUGAAAAUGUACUUAAGUUAAAACAUUAAUACUCGUGUGAUCAGAUGUCUAUAUUUAUUAUGAUGAUUAUUAUUAUAAGGACAGAUGAUGUGCAGGUGAAGAUGAGGGUCAUGAGAGUCACAGACAGACUCCAGAUGAUGUUCAUGUGCUUCAAGCGCCCAAAACAACAGCUGUAUGAAAGCCUCCUCUCGCCCCUCACUGAUGCUGAUUUCAUUCAAGUCUCUUUCAGACUGUUUUCUGAACACACAGAGGACGCGUUCAGGCUUUGAUCAACUUUUACACUUCAAAUAUCCAUCAAAUUUACACGCGGCUUUUCCCCGUGGCUGAUGCUCGCCUCGGAUUUGAUCUGACGGAGGCAAAACAAACAUUUCCUCUUGCCGUAUUUUAGUCUCUAAUGAAAGCUCAGAACCUCUGCUUGCUGUUCACCUUGUUUUGACUGUGACAAACUAUUUUCCCGCUCCAGUUUUGCUCCAAAUGUAAGAGAAGAAAACACAAGCGUGAGCGGCUCGUGGACGCGCACAGACACGGAGCGGGCAGGUUGAGUCUACGAGGUUCUCAUGUGUUGUUUAAGAGCGCAGCGCCGCUCGAGCGCUAUUCAUUGCUGAAAGCAGACAGCGUGUGAAACACUUGAUCUGAUCAGAGAGAGAUGGCAGAAACCGCCCCAGCCCCGGCUGCUGCCGCCCCGGCCAAAGCGCCAAAGAAGAAGUCAGCUGCGAAAGCCAAGAAAGCAGGUCCAGGCGUCGGUGAGCUCAUCGUCAAAGCUGUGAGCGCCUCCAAGGAGAGGAGCGGCGUGUCCCUCGCCGCCCUGAAGAAAGCUCUCGCGGCCAACGGCUACGACGUGGAGAAGAACAACUCCCGCGUCAAGAUCGCCAUCAAGAGUUUGGUGACUAAAGGCACUCUGGUGCAGGUCAAAGGGACCGGCGCCUCGGGCUCAUUCAAGCUCAACAAGCAGCAAGCCGAGACCAAGAAGAAGCCGGCCAAGAAAGCGGCUCCUAAAGCGAAGAAGCCCGCGGCCAAGAAACCCGCUGCUGCCAAGAAGCCCAAGAGCGCCGCGGCAAAGAAGCCCGCCGCUAAGAAAUCGCCCAAGAAGGCCAAGAAACCCGCCGCCACAGCCGCUAAGAAGGCGACGAAGAGCCCCAAGAAGGCAAAGAAGCCAGCAGCCGCUAAGAAAGCAGCCAAGAGUCCCAAAAAGGCCAAGGCGGCUAAACCUAAGGCGGUAAAGCCUAAAGCCGCCAAGCCUAAAAAAGCAGCUCCCAAAAAGAAGUAAAAAUCUGUUUGUUCCUCAACGGCUCUUUUAAGAGCCACCCACUAACUCUGAGUAAAGAGCAGAACUGUGUAUGUUAAUGAUUUCUGUUUAAUUUGAAAGCAAACAGCCAGUGGCUUGUUGCACAAAGCCGGUUUCAGUUUCUACCCAGCUAAGUUCAAGAUUAGUUUGAGUAAACUCUGGUUUUUCGGGCUCAUGAAGACGGAUUGGUUUUUAGCGGGUUUCAUUGUUAUGGUAACUUACGCUACACGGCUAACCUGCUCCGGAGCAGGUUUAACUGGUCCAAUCAGCUGUGAGUAAAGUGACAUGUAUCUGAUGCAAUAAAGCCACUCCCCCUGUAUCUCUCGCUCCAAAUUAAAGCAGUUUAUAGUGAAAACAUUUUAGAGACAAAAUUGCUCAU